GCUUGUGGAGUUGGGGAAUGACUUCCCUCUUGGGGACCAGUGGCCGCCUCGAGAGGGCUGGGCAAAACAGAGACUCCGUCCGAGGGGUGACCUCCCCUUCGGGAAGGAAUGAUCCCUUUGUGGGACUGGGAGCCGGGGAGGACAAGCGACCCCCAACCCCACUUAAGAGGGGCCAGGGCCAGGAGUUGUGAGGGAGAAUUGGAAAAUAGAGGGAAAGUGGAGGAAACACCUACAGUUCUACUUCUUGAACAUAAUUUUCCACGUUUGUUCAUUACCUUCAGCUUCCCAGAAUCCUUAUUCUCCUGACUUUGUUUGGAUCUCUAUGGCCCUCCAUUCUGAGAAUCCUUCAAAGACUUCCGUGCUCCCCAUCUGAAAGGUCAGGGGCCAGGUGAUUCUCCAUCUAUGUUCUGUAUCACCAAUGACUAUAACAUGAAGAUGCUGAGUAAAUUAUUAUGAAUUGAAAUAUUUAUCAGAUGAGUGAAAAUCAACAAAUGUUUAAGUUACAAGACCCAAUUAUGAGUGAUCAAAUCAAAUUCAUAGUGGACAAUCUCAAUAAGGAGCCUUUUAGGAAGAACUAUAAUUUAAUCACAUUUGAUUCCCUGGAGCCAAUGCAGCUAUUACAAGUUCUCAAUGAUGUUCUGGCUGAGAUUGACCCAAAGCAAAUUGUUGAUAUCAGAGAGGAGAUGCCAGAGCAGACAGCCAAACGGAUGUUGAGCCUUCUUGGUAUCCUUAAAUACAAACCUCCAGGAAAUGCCACAGACAUGAGUACUUUUCGUCAAGGUCUAGUGAUUGGAAGUAAACCUGUAAUUUACCCAGUGCUCCACUGGCUUCUUCAGAGGAUUAAUCAACUGAAGAAAAGAGCAUAUUUAGCUCAUUUUUUAAUAAAACUUGAGGUACCAAGUGAGUUUCUUCAGGAUGAAACUGUGGCUGAUACCAAUAAACAGUAUGAAGAGUUGAUGGAAGCCUUUAAAACUUUGCAUAAAGAAUGUGAGCAGCUCAAGACAUCUAGAUUUUCUACAGCAGAAAUAAGAAGGGAUAUCAGUGCAAUGGAGGAAGAAAAGGAUCAGCUUAUUAAGAGAGUUGAACAUUUGAAGAAAAGGGUGGAGACAGUUCAGAAUCAUCAACAGAUGCUUAAAAUAGCAAGGCAACUUCGAGUUGAAGAAGAGAGAGAAGAACUUCUUGCACAACAGAAACAGGAACAAAAGAAUCAGCUCUUUCAUGCAGUGCAGAGACUGCAGAGAGUACAAAAUCAGCUGAAAAGUAUGCGCCAUGCAGCGGCAGAUGCAAGCCCUGAAAGUUUAAUGAAGAGGCUAGAGGAGGAGAUAAAGUUUAAUUCAUAUAUGGUAACUGAAAAAUUUCCCAAAGAAUUAGAAAACAAGAAAAAAGAAUUGCAUUUUUUACAAAAAGUGGUUUCAGAUUUUGCUAUGGGCCAUUCUGAUCUUCUUGAACUUGAAUCUAAAAUAAGUGAAAUAAACACACAAAUCAAUCAGCUGAUUGAAAAGAAAAUGAUGAGAAAUGAGCCAAUUAAAGGCAAACUCUCACUAUAUAGGCAGCAGGCAUCCAUCACCUCUCGUAAAAAAGAAGCCAAAGCGGAGGAACUUCAGGAAGCAAAGGAAAAAUUAGCCAGCUUAGAGAGAGAGGUGUCAGUGAAGACAAAUCAGACCCGUGAAUUUGAUGGCACUGAAGUUUUGAAGGGAGAUGAAUUCAAACAAUAUGUCAGUAAACUUCGAAGCAAGAGUACAGUUUUCAAAAAGAAGCAUCAGAUAAUAGCUGAAUUUAAAGCUGAAUUUGGUGUCUUGCAGAGGACAGAAGAACUUCUUAAGCAACGUCAUGAGAAUAUUCAACAUCAACUGCAAACUAUUGAGGAUAAAAAGGGCAUAUCUGGAUAUAGUUACACCCAGGAAGAGCUAGAAAGGGUAUCUGCAUUGAAGACCGAAGUCGAUGAAAUGAAACGACGAACACUGGAUGACAUGUCUGAAAUGGUAAAAAAACUGAAUUCACUGGUUUCUGAAAAGAAGUCAGCUCUAGCCCCAGUUAUAAAAGAACUACGACAGUUGCGUCAGAAAUGUCAAGAGCUAACCCAAGAGUGUGAUGAAAAGAAAUCCCAGUAUGAUAGCUGUGCAGCAGGCCUUGAAAGCAAUCGGUCCAAAUUAGAACAGGAAGUCAGAGGACUCCGUGAAGAAUGCCUUCAAGAAGAAAGUAGAUAUCAUUAUACAAAUUGUAUGAUUAAGAACCUAGAAGUACAACUUUGUCGCGCUACUGAUGAGAUGAAGGCAUAUGUCUCUUCUGAUCAACAAGAGAAAAGAAAGGCAAUUAGGGAACAGUAUACCAAAAAUAUUGCUGAACAAGAAAACCUUGGGAAGAAACUCCGCGAAGAACAAAAAGCUGUCCGAGAAAGUCAUGGUCCAAAAAUGAAACAAGUAAAAAUGUGGCGUGAUUUUGAGCAAUUGAUGGAAUGUAAGAAACAGUGCUUUCUGAAACAACAAAGCCAAACUUCCAUUGGUCAGGUAAUUCAGGAGGGAGGAGAGGACCGGCUGAUACUCUGAAUUCUUGUGUCAUCAUUGGAUUUAAGUUGAUACUACUAGCUAUAAGCGUAAUCCUAUGAUGUAUUUCUUUUCUUGAAAGUGAUUUAUACAAAAUUUUGUGUUCUGAUAGUCAUUCCCUAUUAAGUUUUCUUGGGAAUGUUAAGGUAGAUUUAGAUUUUAAACUUUUUAAUAUGAAAAUGAGGCUUCUACUGUGUUGCUUAGUUUAGACAUCAGUGGUGGUGUCUGAGUUUUAUGAGACAGGAGACUAAGUUUAUUAUCUGUAAAUGUAAACAUAUGUCCAUUAAGAAAUAUGUAGUUUUUAAAAAACUAUAGUAACCCAAUCGCUUAAUGUUUUUCUUAAUCUUUUUUUAACUUUAGAGGAAUUUUUUAUGAACUAAUAUCUCUUCUUUUGAAGAAACAUUUAUCUGAAGUUCAGCAAUCCCUACAGUUUCACUUCAAUUUCUUUUUCUUCUGUAAAAUUCAAGAAAACAUAAUAUUUUGAGUAACAUACUUGUUCUAUUUGUGCUAUUUAAAGGCAAAUAAAACUUGGUGUACAUAUCAUGGCUAUUUAUUAAUUAUAAAGUUGUGUCAGAUUUAUUCUUUUUUAAGUAAGUAUUCAUAUUACAG